ACUUCUGUCAUUCGUAUUGAACUUUAUUUUUACCACUUCAAUUUUCGUACAAUUCCUUCGUCAGCAGCGAGGAUAACUACUCGCAUCGCGUAAAUUGAAUUCCCCUGUACGUGCAGGGGACAAACUCAGCUGCAGUUGUAUUCGGUCGCUCCGGCACCAUGGUUGUGACGAAAGAUACGUUCCUGCCGACGGAGGAAGAACUUACGGUACCGGAGAUCAACCUAUCCGGACCAGCGCUCCGUGCCGGCGCCUUCCAUCUGGGCAAGUACUGUGAGGCGCAAAACAAUGAGUUUAUGUUAUGCCGCCAGGAGCUGGAUGAUCCGCGGGCGUGCGUGAACGAGGGCAAAGCGGUCACUAACUGUGCGUUCGAGUUCUUCCGGAAGCUAAAGAAGACCUGUGCCCAGGAGUUUACGCAGUAUGCCAACUGUCUCGACAAAAGCAGUGGCGAUUUGAAUUUCAAGCACUGCCGCAAAACGCAGGGCGUGUACGACAAGUGCGUCCUGGACAACAUGGAUCUGGAGCGUCCCGAUUAUGGAUAUUUCUGCCGCGCCAAGGUUCACGCCACGGAACGUCCGCCGCCACCGAAGAAAGAAAAGGCAGUGUACCCGGACGCAACGCCGGGACUGCCGGAGGAUUAUCCACGGCCCGAGGCCAAAUACGGUUCUCGAUUCCACUGGCUCAACUAGGGGUGAGGUGGGAGCGCGUGGCAGAUGGGGUGCUACACGGUACGGUUUAGCUGAAAUGGUUCUAGGCAAAGCGGUGACGAGAGCUCGCUGAACGUUGUUUGAGUGUAGAUAAGGAACGAGAGAGAGAAAGAGAGAGGGCUCUAGCCCGCACGCAUGAGGGUGUAGAAAACAGCACACUCAACACCAUAAUCGACCAUCGGAUGAAUCGUUUCUUUAGCUACAGUAAAAAUCAUUGCUUAAAACAACGAA